AUGCAAAACCUAACACAUUAUUUUAAAGGAAAGAAAUGGCAAGAUAUUAUAAAAAUAAGUGAUGAGGAUUUAGAAAAGUUGGGAAUUACUGACCAUAUAACGAGAUCAACAUUAGGAGCGCAUUUAUGGGUUAUUCAAGUUGACCAU